AUGCUGUCUUCGAAGGCUCCUGUCACCCUUGCCUUUGCAGGCCUCGCUGGCCUUCUGUCCGCCCCACUGGUCAAGGCCCAUGGUUUUGUCCAGGGCAUUGUCAUCGGUGACCAAUUCUACAGCGGGUACAUCGUCAACGAGUUCCCCUACGAAUCCAACCCACCCCCCGUCAUCGGCUGGGCCACGACAGCCACCGACCUGGGCUUCGUCGACGGCACUGAAUACCAAGGACCAGACAUCAUCUGCCACCGGAAUGCGACGCCCGCGCUGCUGACAGCCCCCGUGGCCGCCGGCGGCACCGUCGAGCUGCAGUGGACGCCCUGGCCGUCCAGCCACCACGGGCCGGUCAUCACGUACCUGGCCAACUGCAACGGCAACUGCUCGACCGUCGACAAGACGCAGCUGGAGUUCUUCAAGAUCGACCAGUCGGGCCUGAUCAACGACACUGACCCGCCGGGCACCUGGGCGUCCGACAACCUCAUCGCCAACAACAACAGCUGGACCGUGACCAUCCCCAGCACCCUCGAGCCGGGCAACUACGUGCUGCGCCACGAGAUCAUCGCCCUGCACUCGGCGGGCAACAAAGACGGCGCCCAGAACUACCCCCAGUGCAUCAACAUCGAGGUCACGGGCGGCGGCUCGGUCGAGCCGACGGGCACGCUGGGCGAGGAUCUCUACCACGACACGGACCCGGGCAUUCUGAUCGACAUUUACGAGCCGAUUGCGACGUAUACCAUUCCAGGACCGCCUGAGCCGACGUUCUAG